AUGGUCAUCAAACCGCGCGUCGUGCGCCACUUCGCCGGCAAGGACCGCGGUGGCGGCUCCUCGUCCGAGUCAGAGAGCUCCGACGACGAACAACAGCAACAAGGCCAGCAGCAGCAGCAGCAGAAGAAGAAUAAGAAAGCCGCCCCCGCCCCGCCGCCAAAGGUUCCCUCCGCGGGCAGGAUUAUCAGCUCCGGGAACGCCGCGCCCAAGAAGAUCCCCGCCGCCCUGGUGAAACCGACAGUCACGACCGAGGAGCUCGAGAGGAGGGCCGCCGAGGAAGGGUUCGUGACCGAGGAGGAAGACGAGGGCGAGGAUCCCGCCGCGGGACGACCGGGCGCGGGAGAGGCCAGUUCGGAAGAGGAAGAAGAUGACGACGAUGAUGACGAAGAACAAAGCAGCGAAGAAGAAGAUGAGCGGCCGCGACGAAAUCUCAUGAUCAGACCAAAAUUCAUACCGAAAUCCCAACGCGGCGGCGGCGCCCAGCAGCUCACCGAGGCCGAAGAGGCCAAGAUGGCCGAGGAGGAGGCGAAGCGCAAGCAGGCCGAGGCUGACGCUAUGAUCGAGGAGCAGAUCCGCAAGGACGCGGCCGCCAAGGCCGCCGGCAAGAUGUUCUGGGAGGACCUGAACGAGGCCGAGGGCGAGGAGGACGUCGACACCGAGGACGACAGGGACCCGGAGGCCGAGUACGCCGCCUGGAAGGUGCGCGAGCUGAGGCGCAUCAAGCGUGAGCGCGAGGCCGUCGAGGCCCGGUACCGUGAGGUCGAGGAGGUCGAGCGGAGGAGGAACUUGACGGACGAGGAGAGGCGCAGGGAGGACGACGAGCACCUCGCCAAGCAGCAGGAGGAGAAGGACGGCAAGGGCAAGAUGGGCUACAUGGGCAGGUACUUCCACAAGGGUGCCUACUUCCAGGACUCCAAGGAGGCCGAGGAGCUGGCCAAGCGGGAUGUCAUGGGGGCCAAGUUCGAGGACGAUGUCGAUCGCUCGCUGUUGCCCAAGGCGCUUCAGAUGCGCGACUUCACCAAGCUGGGCAAGAAGGGCGCUUCCAAGUAUCGCGACCUCAAGGGCGAAGAUACGGGGCGAUGGGGCGAGUUCAGGGAUCACCGGCCUGGCAGAGACGACAGGGAAGGCGAUUGGAGGGGCAAGGACCGGGAUGGCCCCGGUGGUGCGAACGCCAUACCUCUGGGCGAGAGAAAAGGCGGGAGGGAUCGCGGCGAGACGGGAGACAGAGACAGUCACCGGUCGCGGGACACAGACAAUCGUGAUGAUAGGCGGAGGAGAGCCUCGAGGUCACGGAGCAGGUCGCCCAGGAGGGAUCGCGGUAGAGAUGACGACUACAGCCAUCGCAGGAAAAGAGACUCGUCAAGGGAGGCGGAUCGGUAUGAUGGCGACAAGCGGCGGCGAGUCGAUUCAAGAUAG